CAUGGAUACUAUGUAGUGGGUACAUUUAAAUACCUAUGUAGUUCCUGGUUAGAGAAGCAACCAGCAGGCAACUAGGUACGUACAUACAUAUGUACAAUGUACUUAUGUAGGUACCUAUGUAGGUACCUACGUAGGUAGGGCACUCGAUUUCCCCCCUUGGCUGCCGCAGACCAGCGACCGGGUUUUGCACAUUAAUAGUAUUUUCCCGCUGCUGUGUCCCAACAUCAAUCUCCUAAUUCUGCACCUUGUACAUUCAAUGGACUUCCUAAAACCGCCUUUAGCGAAAUAGAUUGCUUAGGAGAGGGGGAUCGCCCUCUGUUAAGGGCUCGCGUCCAUGGCCGUGCCGUCCAGUUCGCAAUGCUACCAGGCCGUUCGUCGUCAUUUACGGCCUCAUCAUGACAGUAUAUGGGUGCCCGAGAGUCUACUUGCCUCGACCUUCGAGCGAUAUGCUGCGACAUUCUACUCAGGCGCGCGCUAUGGGUCCUCCGUCCCUGGCCCCAUGGAGCAUAGGAAACGUCUGGCGAAAAGACAUAUGGGAGAAUUGCACUUUGGACAGUCGCAUUCCUCCGCGCCGGUAUGGGACUUGGCAAACCUGGUCGACCUAACACAGUGGAAAUGGUCACCUCCAACGCUACCCGAUGCAAGGCGCCGGCAGAACGUGAAUGUCCCAAAGACGCGCCGACUUUUCGACGCUGCAUUGAGUCGAUUGCGAUCACUAUCUCCUCCACGUGACGAUGCUACAGACCAUCUCGAAACUCCCGAUCGGAUACUGCUGGCCGAAAACGUUAUUCUAAGUGGAGUGGCAGAGAUAUUGCCCUCGGUCUCAUGGGGUGCUAAGCAUACUCCCCUAGACGUCAUCGCAGCGGCUUUAAAUUCGUUAUCUCUUCCCGGGUCGGAUGAGGUAAAAAAUCCGUGGCCGUCCUUCUCCAAGUUCUGUGAUAGCUGGCACCAAGCUUUAUCAGAUGGGCUGUUUAAUGGCGAGGCCAUUACCCAGAUUCUGACAGGCAUCAGUGAGUGCUUGAGCACGGAGUUCAUUGACGUCUUUAGCGCAAGGAGGACUGAUCAGCUCAAGCUCCGUCUUCUCGACGCAACGAUAGAGGGCCUCUCCAAGAGGCAGAUUGCUAAUACAACAACGUUUGACUACGUUGCGUGGAACAGCAUCCUCCAUGAAAUGAGCACUGUUCAGAUGAAUACUGUACGUGUGUUUGCAAAGGCCAUGGCUUGCAUUCCAAAGUCAUGCAUAGACGCUGUUUUCCCGGGCAUGUUGGAAAACCUGGAUGCCUUUCUCAAGGCUUUGGGGCAAGUUACCGCGCUACCAACGAAAACUCGACAGACUCGAAAGAUGGCCAUAUCUCUGUAUAGUCUUGGAGAACCUGAACAUCGCUUCUACUUGGACGAGGUCACCAAAAUGGUCGUAGGGUAUAAAAGCGUUGCCGGUAUCGAUUAUACAGAGGCUCGCUACGGCUGGCUUCAGCUUCUUGCGCGACUGCCAGGUGUAGAUAGGGCUUACCUUUCCCAGGCCUGUGUCGCCCUAGAAGCUGGAUCGGUUGCCCGUCCUCUGACAGACUUCGAGGUCUGUCAGUUGUUUUUGUUGUGGGCCAAUGCUCAGGCUCCGCUCGAGCGAUAUAUAGAGCUGCACAACAUUAUUCUAUGGCGUACGGAGACUUACUCUGUACUUGGCGCUUUGCUCUGGAAGUCCCGCCAAUUUAUUCUUGCUAAGCAAUUUAGCAAGUUUCUGCAUGCUAUUGGCCGUGAGACACAUAUAAUUUCACUAGUUAAAGGAGUCGGUCAUAUUCGGAGGGGACCGCCUCGGCUGGCGAAGAUGGCACUAGGCAUGCGAAGGCCGUCAGCUGCUGUUGAAAUCCUCUGUCUCUUUGAAGAGAGUACGAGAAACCAGUUGUCUUUCUGGGAAUCUAGGUUUGGCUUUAAAGCACUAGAAAUUCUCAGCUGGGCGCCUGGUUUCAACCAUAGAAAACUUUAUAAUGCACUCCAUUUCAAAACAGGCUGGACUACCAGGAUAGGGCGGCAAAGCCCUCGCAGGGCGGCAGCCCAGAGCCAUAUCAAUAAGCUAGUUGCCGUGGGCAUUGUGAGUGCAUUAUCGCCACACAUCAGCGAGCGAAAAGCCUUAUCUCUGAUGUUAAGUUGCUACGCCAACAUACGAAGGCACGGGAAACAACCCUCUUUGCCCUUUUUGCGGGCCUUCACCCACCAUUUGACAAGACAGCUCAAAGAUAAUGGGCCAGGAAUUACCUCACGAUUACGGUAUGCUCUGUAUAUCAUUCACAAACAUCUCGGUCGUGGGGUAGCCUUACAAGCAGGGUUGGCGAUGCAACGGCGGAGGAGGUCCAACUUCGGUCUCAGGUGACAAACACCGGGAUGGAAUGGUCCCGGGCCAGUCAGAGGCGCCAAACAUUCUAUCUACGAUAGCUCCCAUGUAUAUAACAAUCGAGAGUAAUACAAACUAUAUCGAACACUAAGGC